AUGAAUAUAGAUAGUGGUGAUAAAGCCAAUAAGAGAAUAUAUUACCAAGAAGUUAAUCAAGGCCAGCCGUGUAAAUCAAUCAAACUAUCAAAUUCAUCUAUAGAAUGUUUAGACUUAAAUAAUUAUUAUUCAUUAUCGACCAUGAUAAAAGUUUAUAAUAUCUAUUAUAGAAUAAUCGAUGAUGUCUAUAAUGAUGGUGAUGAUAAAGUUAAAAUCAAUACUCGAUACAAGUGUGUGGUCUUUUUCAACAACUUUCAUCGUGAUAAGCUUUUACAUUACAUCGAUGUAAAGAGUUAUUCAAAGUUCAUAGUAGACGUAUUGUUUGACCCCUCUACCGAGGUAUUCGAGCAAAUGAAGCUUUUAAAGUGUAAAUAUCAUGAACCUAUGAUAAUAGAUAUCUACGAAAAUAUUAUUAAUCAUAAAAGAUUCGAUGCAUGGUUUAACGAGGUAGAAAAAUCAGAUCUAAAUGAGUUGCGUUACAGAAUAUCAACUUACCGUCAAAUUUGUUAUUUCGGUGUGGUGCAUCAAACUGAUGAUUUCUAUUAUCAAGCAUUACAUGAAAACAUCAACAAAAAGAAGAAUAGUACACCAAUUGUUGUAACUAAUAUAGAUAGUCACAAACUAGUAGUAAAAGAUCCUACUCUUCUAAUCAUACCCAACUCUAGUCAUUCUAGAUUCUCAGAUACAGUGUACGAUCAAAUCAUAUCAUUUACUCUCUACUAUGAUUAUAAUUCUCAUGAACAACGAUAUCAAUUCAAAAUUACAGGAAUUAGACCAUACAAUAUUGGUCAAUCUACGAUAGAAAUGUCUUUGGUAUCAAAACAGUUCUUUAAAAUCAUUUCUAAACUAAUCAAUAACAGCUACACUCAAUGGGGUGAUAAUAUCAAUCUGGAAAGUGGAUACAGUUUAAUAAGAUCACCACCUCUCUUUUUCGACUACCAAAUGAUCAAGCAUAUCAGAUAUGACAAUGGAAUUGACGCUGCCAAUCGAUUGUUAUCAAGAGUUGAAACAUUCUUUUUCCAAUCGUUAGAGGAUGACUUUAUCUUUGAGAGUAGAGUAAUCAAAGAGAGUAUAAAAUAUUACCUUGCUUCUCUACCCUCAAUGCCAAGUCUCAAGAAUAUAAUAGCAACCGAUCGCUACAGACACUCAGACAUUCAAAGCAAGCUGCUAAUUGAUGUGAUCAAUUACACACCGAAUAGGAAAGGACAUGGAAUCGAACAUCUCACCUUUAUAUUCACGGAGACAACCGCUAAAAACAUUGACUUUCUCCCUGUUUUGGUUAGGCUUCACUCUAAGACAUUGAGAUCGAUACAGUUUCACUAUGCAUUUUUCAAUGAUGAGGACUACCAAAUUCUUCUAAUAACAUUGAAAGAAUUGAUUACAGAAAUCAAACAACAUAAUAUUAAAUUCAAAAUUAGACAAAACCCAGAUAUUUAUCUUAAUUCAAAAAAUCAUAAUUUAGAUUUGACUUCAUAUCAUGACAUUCUUCAAAGAAUUAAAAAACUAUGUCUAGAUGAGAAUGAUGAACAAGUUUAUCAAAUCACACAUCUUAUAACUAGCUUAAGCUCACUAUUUAAUUUCUAA